AAAUGUGAACCAUGUGUAUUUACAAAAUCAGUAAAAUUAUAAAUUAAUAAAAAAUUUAAGUAUUAAACAUUUUAUUAUUGAUAUUUUCUUAAAAUAUCAAAACGUUUGAGUUUAAAUAAUGUCUUUAUUUCAAAUACGAAGAUAUGUUGGAGACGAUACAAUCGUAUCGUCAACCGAUAAAGUUCCAAAAGAGGUAGCCGAAAAGAAUUUAGAACGAUUAUUAAAGAAGACAGAAAAACGGAAACGUAAUCGCGAGAAGAUUAAAUUUAAAAAAGCAUUUCCACUAUCAAAGAAACAUAAAACAGAGGUUAUCAAUGAACAUGAGAGGUUACCAGAGGUACCCCAACAAAAAGAAGAAAUUGAAAUUGUUCUACCUAAAGAAAAUGAUAUUGAAAAACCUCAAACAGAAUUUUCAUUUCAAGUUAUUGGAAAUGAUAAACUUAAUAAAAUUAAAGAAGUAAAACGAGUUUUGCCCCAUUGGUUAACACAUCCGGUUCAAGUUGAUGGAAAUUUAAAAGAGUUGAAAGUGAAAAUUGAAGAUGUUAUGUACGUGGAAAAACAAUUUCAGGAUUUGUUACGAGAAAGUGGUGUAACACAUUAUUUUCCAGUACAAUCAGCUGUUAUUCCAUAUUUUCUACAAGAAAUCAAUAAACCUUAUCCAUAUUGGCCACGUGAUAUAUGUAUUUCCGCUGCCACAGGUAGUGGCAAAACCUUAGCUUUUGUUAUACCCGUUAUUCAAGCAUUAAAAUAUCAAGUUGUACGGAAAAUUCGUGCGGUGGUUGUUUUGCCUGUAAAAGAACUUGCAAGUCAAGUGUUUGAAGUAUUUAGAAAAUUUGCAAAAUUAACAAAAGUUCGGGUGACUUUAUGCACGGGUAGAAUACCAUUUGAAGCCGAACAGAAGACAAUAAUACGAAAAAUCGAUGACCAGGAAUAUAUUCAUUUAAGCGAUAUAAUAGUAACCACUCCUGGAAGACUUGUGGAUCAUAUUCAUAUGACACCUGGAUUUACGUUAAAACACUUAAAAUUCUUAAUUUUGGACGAAGCAGAUCGAAUGAUUGAUCGCGAACAAAAUGAUUGGAUUUAUCACUUGGAACAACAUAUGCGAAAAGAGGAAGCAAAUUUUCGUGUUGGUAAAAUAAAUUUACAAACUUUCCAAAAUACGAAUCCUCCACCACAAAAAAUUCUUGCAUCCGCAACAUUAACACAGGAUCCAGAGAAAUUAUAUCAAAUUGGAUUAUUUAAACCAAAACUGUUCACAUCGAACACAGCCAAUGGUCAAAUUGAAUUAGAAAAUGUGAAAAAUGAUGAUAUUGUUGGAAAAUUAGCAAUGCCACAAGAAUUAAAUCACAAGUAUUUAAUCUGUUCGAUUGAAAUGAAACCACAAGUUUUGUUCUAUUUAAUUACGAAGUUUAAAAUGACGAAAGCUCUAUGUUUUACCGGUAGCGGUUUAGAAGCACAUCGGUUAACUUUGUUAUUACGUCAUAUGUCCAAUAAUCAGUUUAUUGUGGAAGAAUUAUCGAGUAUUAUGAGUCCGAAUUCAAGGAAAAUCACUUUAACGAACUUUUCAACUGGAAAAAUUAACAUUUUGGUAAGUACAGAUGCCCUAGCUCGAGGUCUCGACAUUCCGGAUGUGGACUAUGUAAUAUCAUACAAUGCACCUAAGCAUAUUGAAACGUAUGUGCAUCGUGUAGGACGUACAGGACGAGCCGGAAAAACAGGAACAGCAAUUACCUUAGUAAAUACAAAACAAAAAUCAUAUUUCUUGAAAUUAUUUACGAAUCAAGUGAAUCUAGAGGAUAUAACUGUUGAAGAUGAGAUCAUUCAAAAUGAAACACCAACAGAAGUUUACCAAAAAGCACUGGAACAAACGAAAUUGGAUUUGGAUAAUGAAAAACAAUUAAUGGCGGAUAAAAAUCAACGACUUAAAAAUGUUAAAAAGAAACGAAAGAUUAAAAAGAAACAACCAACCACUUAAAUUUAAAGCUAUAUCUUUAUUUGUUUUUUUGUUGAUUUUUGAAAUGA